GUUGUGCGGGGGCUCGGGGCUCGCUGCGGGUCUCGGGGGCGGCAGGGGGCUCAGGCGGGUUGGUUGUGCCGUGUCCGGCCCGUGUUGCCCCUGGGCUGAGGGCGCUGCGGGAGCGGCUGCCCGCGGUCUCCUUCCCGCCGCUGCCUCGGCAGGAGCCGCUGCCGGAGCGGCGCUGGCUCGGCCCGGUUCCUGUGGCUGGGACAGAGGGGGCUGCCCCGCCGCCGGGGCUGUGCGGGGAAAUUCACGUCGGCGGAGGUUUCUGUGCCCGGAGGAGGCAGAGGAGUCCUGUAAAAGUGACUUUAUUGCUGAGCAGAGGGAGAGGCCGUGGGGCAUUUGCCGUGCGGUCUCUGCCAUUGUUGGAGUUCGCAGCCUCCUUUUUAUUCUCAUUUUCCCGGCCUUAUUUCCCUCUCCCUGUGCCCUCUGGCUGAGGUACUUGGAAGGUUCAGACUUCCCGAUCCGCCUGCUGCAUGUCCUCGUUAAUGUGCACCCCCACUUUUGUUUAACAUCCGAUAUUUUCGGGCUCUGUUAAGUCCUUGUUCUUCUCGAAGUUCAGGAAUCUAGCGGGACUUUGAGCAGGUGUCCGUGUAAAUUAGUAACAUAUUCUGAAACUGAUGGUUUCUCCCGUUACUUCCUUAUCUACAAGUCCCUGGCCCUAUCUCCAAACAGAUUCACUCAUUGACUCUGCUUUUUCUUCCUGGGUCCUCUUUGGUUUUGGGAUUAUUCUCAGUGCCCUCCUUCCCUGUCCUUCUGUAGGCGUUUCUGGAUCAGGAGGCCUGGCUGCCACCUGCAUCCCCUGGCUCACCUGCUGAAUGAGCUGCACUCUCUACGUAUGGAGCAUGGUAAAAAGAUGAGAGUUACUGUAGCACAUCAGAGGAGAAACUGCAUUCGUUUAACCCACGGUCUGCCAGGGAGCCACAAAACUGUGUCCCAUUCCCAUCCUUUCCACGUUUGGACCAAUACAUCAGCUGCUUUUUUGUUUCCGUUGGGUUUUUUUUUCCCACUUUCCUUUGUCAUCUAUUUGCCAACAGCAGUUUGAGUCAUUUAAUUUUCCAGAAACCCCUCUUUUUUCCGCUAAAAGAUAAUCUGAUGCCAUCCCCUGGUGAAAUGUUGUGUUCCUCAUUUCAGUGGAUUGGUCAGCAGGAAGGUCAGGAGCUGGAGCUGUCUGGUUGGUUAUUAUUUUGAGGACAGCUUGUAACCUAAUGAUGCCAUUGAAAUGAGAAAUGGGUUCUGUGGCUCCUGAUUUGAAUUGGUUCAGGUUCCCAGGGGCUGGUCCAUGUUGUUGUAGGAUUUGUUCUGGUGGCUGUUGCUGUUUUCCCCAUUUUUGGGCACUCCCUCAGGAGCCAGGACUGCAUCAAUUGACUGCUUUUCUGUAAAUUAAACAUCACAUUCUUGGAUUCCUAACUGAUUUUCCUAAAUAACCGAAAAACACAAAAGACCCCCACCAAAUCCAAAAAUAAACUGAUCUAAUACACUCUAUAUAACACAGACAGUGACAGCAGGUGUUGCAGUGGGCAGAGGGAUGAUUCACCCCCAGCUUUUUUAAGUGUAGUUUUCAGAACAUUCUGCUUUUGCUGUUUCCCUUUGCAGCUUCACCCGUUUCUGUUGCAGAGUCAGAUCUCCUCACCGCGGGCUCUGCCUUGAGCUGUGCAAAUUCCAUCUGUGCAAGCAGGCAGAGCUUGGGGUGAGGGGCAGAGGGAAUCAGCCCAGUUCCUGCUCCAGGCAAGAGACCCAGGUGGGUUGUCCACACUUUGCCCUGCAGUGUUAAUUUGCGUUUCUAAAGCCCCUCUCCAGGCUGCCUGGAAUGAAGCUUCUCUUCCAGAGCAGCCAUCCCAUGACUCACAUGUUUUAUUUUGGUUUUGGGAUUGUUUGUUUCUUUAAACAAUAUUUAAACAACUUAUUAACUGUUUAUGAAUUAAAUGGUCACCUUUAAAGCUCUUGUAGUUUUUCAGAAUGCAGCCUAAAGGUGAACAUCGAAAAACCCAGACCAAAACUUGAUUCUCACACUUCUGUCCCAAACCUACCUGACAAUAUAAAGUGGGAUUAUUAUGAAAAAUUAUUCUCGUGUUUUAAUCUUGUCACUGAAACUGCAGGAAAAACAAAAACUCUCCAAGAAUAUCUUUAUUGUUAGAGAGUCGAGGCAUUACUUGGUUCUGGCAAAGAUGUGCAAAAGAAAUAAUUUCAUCCACACAUAGCCCGGGUGUGCAGAGAAAAUCAUUCCAUGACAUGUAAAUUUUACUAGAUUUUUUCCUAAACUUUCUACAGCCUGAACCAAUCUAAAUCCACUGGUUUAAUGUUCAUUGCUUCCAAGUUGUGUAGUUUUUAGUAUCUGGUUUCCUAUUGGACCUGGAUUUCUUCCCCUCGGAUGUUAAUUAGGUGCACACUCCUGGAUUUCCUUCUCAGCCUUUUCCAGACCAGGUGUCUCCAGCUCUGCCGGGGGCAGUGUCUGGGGUAGCUGUUGGUUGCUCUUUGCUGCUGGGCAUUGAUGUUUUGUUGCUGGUCCUUAUCUCUGUGGUUAUCUUUUUGGCUGUUCCCAGUCUGUUGAGAUGUUAAACUCAUCUCCCUUGAGUGGUGUAACAUCCCUUAAAAAAAAACUUUAAAAUUUCUUUCCCCAAGGCAACGGCAAACCUUUGAGUAGGGAAACCUUUCUGAGCAGGGAAAUAAGAUUUAGAAGAAAUAAACUUGGUAUAUUUUGCAACGAUCCAGUCCCAGGCAGCCCAGUGUGUGAGCGUACCUGAGCCCCAGAGUGGAAUUGUGCCCUUGUGUUCCCCAGCAGCUGUGGCGAGUGCAGGCCCAGAGAGCACUGAAGCUGCAGCAGUGCUAGCAAGGCUUGGCCCCAGUGGCUGGAGAUGCCAGAGGAGGGUGGGCAGGCAGAGGAUUUCAGCAGAGGAUCUGUGGGCAGGCCCAGGGGCUGGCCCGCUGUGGAGCCCUGGCUGCUGCUGCGUUGCCUUCAGGGCAGGCUCAGUGGGGCCUCCCAUCCUCCUGCUGCAGGCAGGAAGUGCAAAUCUCCGGGGCUUCAGGGAGGCUGAGGGGUCCCCCGUGUUCAGCUGUGCUGGUGGCUGUUUCUGGCCUCAGGGCCACUUGGCAUGGGCCACGGCACUUGGCCACCAGUGGUGCUGCUUUGCACUCCUUAGGCAGGAGCCGAUGUCCUGGGUGGGUGUUGGGAACAGCAAAGUCCCAAGGCAGGGUCAGUGCCAGUCCAGCUUCCUGUGGGAGAGAUUUCACAGGGACAGGAUCCUGGCCACAGCCUGGGGCUGCCCACACUCCUGGGUUCACUUCAGCAUAGGCCUUGCCAGACAUCUGACACAGUGGUACAACAGAACUAACCUCUGUAUCACCUUUUAUAAUAUUAAUUUGCAUUCCCAAUUUAGUGUCUAAAUCCCUUCCCAGUAAAUUAUAAUCACAAUUAGGAGCAAAUAAAAAUUAAUGCAUUUCAAACUCAUCCCACACAUCUGCCAAUAGUGGUUCAAUAAAACACUCCUCCUCAUUUUCCCCAAUUCUCCCAUUAAUAUUCAAAGACUUUUUUUUGCAUUUUCCCCCCCAUAGGUCUAAGAUUGAGAGUGGAUUGAGAGACCCCUGUGUCCAUCAGGAAAGGCCUCUUCUCAAUGCAGACCCAGCCUGAAUGUUCUCAAGGGCUCCAGUGUGGGAAUGUCUGGAUGGAGGAGGAGGAAAAGCCCUGGAGAUCUCGCACGAGGAGGGGCUGCAAACCCAGCCCAGGGAGCUGCGGGGAGGAAAGAGCCCCCCUGAGCCAGGAAGGUGUCUCGAGAUCCAGCCGGAGCUCAGAGCUGGUGGAGAAGCCUCAUGGCAGGGAGAAGCCACACAAGUGCUUGGAAUGUGAGAAGGGUUUCAGCCAGAGCUUGCACCUGAUCCAGCACCAGGUGAUCCACACGGGGGAACGGCCCUACACCUGCUUGGAAUGUGGGAAGAGCUACGGGUGGCACUCUGACCUGAGAAAACACCAGCGCACCCACACCGGGGAGAAGCCCUACGAGUGUCCUGAGUGUGGGAAGAGGUUUCCAAGGAGCUCCGAUCUCUGCAAACACGAGCGGAUUCACACAGAGGAGAGGCCCUUCCGCUGCUCCGACUGCGGGAAGGGCUUCAAGCUAAACUCCCAGCUCACCAUGCACCGACGCAUCCACACUGGGGAGAGGCCCUACAAAUGUCCUGAGUGUGGGAUGAGAUUCUCCUCAAGCUCAACACCAACACCAACGGAGGCGCCACUAAGGGAAGCCCUGUGAGUGCCCCGAGUGCGGGAAGAGCUUCGUGCGCUGCUCCAGCUCCAUCCCCCAUGUGAGGAUCCGCGUUGGAUGAUCCGCAGUGACCCCCGUUGGGCAGAGCCCUCGUGAUCCGUGGUCCUGGUGAUCCAAGUUGGAAGGCAUCUGGCUGGGGCCUCCACAUCUUCCUGGUUCCCUGAGGGCACCUAGAUAAACCCAGUGGCAGGAACAUCCAUCAGGAGGCAGGUCAGCAAUGGGAUUUCUUUGGGGAGAGCAGAUUUGUCGACUUUCAACCCCAUAAAAUCUUUAGCAUUCAAUCCUGUCUUCUGGUGACAUCAAGGAGUACUGAAUGGUCUUGGAGGUACAUUCUGGGUUGACUAUAUGAUGCUUGUAUCCCCAGUUGUCUUGUUGUUUUUAUGCUGAAUAAUAGGUUUUGCACCUUUUAGACUUGUCCUGAGAGUGAAGGAGGAGAGAAGCAGUGCACAGUUUGUUUUUAGACACUGCACUCACUCCUCCACAUUCCUGCUCCUGCAGUGUGUUGCCUGCAGAUGGACAGACAGCAGGACAGAGCUCUCCUUUGCUUUUAGUUAGUUUUAGCUAGCUGAGGCAAAGAAGUUCCCUGGACUGUGGGGUUUUUUCCACUUUUCUUUGGACCUGUUUAAACCUGCUCUGGCCUGAACACCAGCAGAGCACCGGCAGCUCUCACCUGUGGCUCACCGGGCCGGGCCUGGGCUGCGGCAUUUCCAGCACCGGAGGGACUGAUAAGAGGCUGAGUGAGCUGAGCUACAGCCCGUGGAGGGACUUUGUGAGUUUGUCUGUCUUUUAGAAUGGCAAGAGGAUUUAUUGUUUAAUAUUGUUUAGGUUUUAUUGUUUAAUAAAUAGUUUUCUCCACCUUUC